CAGGGGAACCUGGGAAGUGGGGAUGACACAGAUACCAAGUCCUAGUCUGAGCUGCCGCUACCUUUAGGAGAAACAGCAGUGUCUGCGGCUCCCACUCUCAGAGGGGACCCAUGGUGUGGGGGGAGAUGGUGUCAGGGACAUGGGCACCAACCCCCAAGGGUCUCUGCUGCCGGCUCCUCUCUUCUCCAGGCUCUACUUUGGUUCAGACGGUCUGUGUCUCUUAGGGGACCCUACGGGCCUAGGCAAGGACUCUGGACAUCCAUAUCUCAGGGAAGACAGCAACUCAGAGUGUGCCUCAGUGGGAAGGAUUUGAAACAAAACCAGGAAGUAUAGAGGAUGGAACAUACUAGAUUAGCGCAACCUUGGAUGGCCUGGCUCUUCCCUUAUCCUUGCUGUGGGCAGUUGAUCUCACAUGGCCUCUAGCCCCCUAUUGCCAACCCUUUUGGGCAUGUCUCCUUUGGGAAAGAGCCCAGGAGAAAUGGGCUGAUACCAGAGCAUCAGUGACCAUGGCCAAGCAGUCAGAACUGCCAGUGGGAAUUUCCUAAUGUUGGGAACGUUCAACCUCUGCACACUGGAGAUUUUUUUUGUGCACAGAUUGCAUUUCUUUCUCCUUGGUAAGUCUGGGAUGGAGAAAAGUCGUAGGAGAAGGUGGAAAGCGUGAGAUUCAGGAAGAGAAGAGGGGAGAGUCUUGGUUGUGAACUUCAAAACAGUCUUUAGGUGGGUCUUUGGGUAGGAUGAUGAAGAAGAGUCCUGGGGGAAGGGAUAUCAGCAAGGGAAAGAGUGAGUCCUCACGGCAGGGAGGCCUCUGCGUAGAGGAGGAACUGCCAAGGAGCCCACCUCUUACGGUUUUUGAAUCCCAGGUGCCUGGUCCAGAGAUCUCUAACGCCUCCUAUCCAAUUGAACUUACACUGUGCUGCAUGCACUUCGUGUUCAUUACCCUGUGUGAUCCGUACAACUUUUCCUUAACCUUCAUUUUUAUUUUAUGUGUAUGGGUGUUUUGCCUUUAUGUAUGUCUGCGCAUCACCCUCGGAGGCCAGAAGAGGGCGAGAGACUGCAAUUCCAAUCCGUUGUAAGCCCACAUGUGGGUGCUGGGAAUCAGAGCCAGAGAGCCUCUGGGAUCUCAACCAAGUGAGCCACCUGAGCUCUCCAGCCCUCCGGCCCCCCCCCAGCUUUCUGAGCUCGUGGGCUGUUAGGGUCGCUCCCAUUUCACUAGCGGGGAAAACUGAGGCCAAGAGACAGGAAGGGGAGAUUCGCUCAGGGGCUCCUCGCUGAGACGCGCUGGCCCUGAGAUCGGGGCGGAUCCAUCGACCCGGUACGCCUUUAUUAAGUCCCUCCCGCAGGAUCCCGGCUGCGGCCGCCAUGGCGCAGGAGAACGCCGCUUUCUCGCCGGUGUCGGAGGAGCCGCCGCGGCGCCGCGGCCGCCAGCGCUACGUGGAGAAGGACGGCCGCUGCAACGUGCAGCAGGGCAACGUGCGCGAGACCUACCGCUACCUGACCGACCUGUUCACCACGCUGGUGGACCUGCAGUGGCGUCUCAGCCUGCUCUUCUUCGUGCUCGCCUACGCGCUCACUUGGCUCUUCUUCGGCGCCAUCUGGUGGCUCAUCGCCUACGGCCGCGGCGACCUGGAGCACCUGGAGGACACCGCGUGGACGCCGUGCGUCAACAACCUCAACGGCUUCGUGGCCGCCUUCCUCUUCUCCAUCGAGACGGAGACCACCAUCGGCUACGGACACCGCGUCAUCACUGACCAGUGCCCCGAGGGCAUCGUGCUGCUGCUGCUGCAGGCCAUCCUGGGCUCCAUGGUGAACGCCUUCAUGGUGGGCUGCAUGUUCGUCAAGAUCUCGCAGCCCAACAAGCGGGCCGCCACGCUGGUCUUCUCCUCGCACGCCGUGGUGUCGCUGCGCGACGGGCGCCUCUGCCUCAUGUUCCGCGUGGGCGACCUGCGAUCCUCGCACAUCGUGGAGGCCUCCAUCCGCGCCAAGCUCAUCCGCUCGCGCCAGACGCUCGAGGGCGAGUUCAUCCCCCUGCACCAGACCGACCUCAGCGUGGGCUUCGACACCGGGGACGACCGCCUCUUCCUCGUCUCGCCUCUCGUCAUCAGCCACGAGAUCGAUGCCGCCAGCCCCUUCUGGGAGGCGUCGCGCCGCGCCCUCGAGAGGGACGACUUCGAGAUCGUGGUCAUUCUCGAGGGCAUGGUGGAGGCCACGGGAAUGACAUGCCAAGCUCGCAGCUCCUACCUGGUGGAUGAAGUGCUGUGGGGCCACCGGUUCACAUCUGUGCUCACCCUGGAGGACGGCUUCUACGAGGUGGACUAUGCCAGCUUCCACGAGACCUUUGAAGUACCCACGCCCUCAUGCAGUGCCCGGGAGUUGGCAGAAGCUGCAGCUCGCCUUGAUGCCCACCUCUACUGGUCCAUCCCCAGCAGGCUGGAUGAGAAGGUGGAGGAAGAGGGGGCGGGGGGGGGGGCAGGUGGGGGAGACGGAGCUGACAAGGAGCAGAAUGGCUGCCUACCACCCCCUGAGAGUGAGUCCAAGGUGUGACUGGUUUUCUCCAAACCCCUGUGGCAGACCAGGGGCCUAGGCACAGGAACACGGAAGCUGCAGAGUGGAGAGAGAAGAGGGAGGAGGCAGGCCAUGUCCCAAGGAAUGGCUAAAGUUGGGAGAGGCUCACUGAGUCCAGGAUCCAGUAGCGAAGGAAGAAGCCCUGGUUUGAAGAGAAGAGAGGGUGGGAACGAGAGAACAUAUCCGUCUCGUCUGUC